CAAAAAGAAGGCGUGGCCUCGGCGGAAGAUAAAGACGGAGACGAGAGCAAAAUGGCGAGUGAACAUCUGUGCUCGUUAAUGAGACAGCAGUGCGAGGACGUCGUCAAUAUAACCCGGUGACACACGGAUGGAAAAUACGGACAUGUUGUCUUUGCGGAGGAAGGAUGGAGGAUGAAGACAACAAAGUCGCAGUUGUCACGUGACGGUAGCUAACUGUUGACUUCAACAUCAAAGCGCCGCCACCUGCCAGCUAAGGACGUCCAAACACAAACUGAUCAACUUCAUAGGAGCGGUGGACAACAAUGUGAUGUGGUCCAUGGCAGCAGCAGUUGUCAGUGUCUCCUGGGGCAGCAGCAACUCCAGUGACAUGUCCCUUCUGAGCACCACCAGACAAGCAAUCGUUGAUGUGUCAAGGGUAGUUUCCUCAGUUACCAGCCUGGUGACAACCACCGCGGAGGCCAUCGCCUUCACCAGUGGAAACCUAACCGGGUACCAGGGCCCGGGAGGUGGCGAGGCGCCAACGCCGUCCGUGCUGACUGCGGCCGAGACCAACACUGUCCUGAAAGGUUUCCUGGUGGCGGCUCAAGCCCUGGUGCUCCUCUCCAUCUUCCUUCUCUCCAGCCUGGGCAACUUGGCCGUCCUGGUGGUCAUCGUCAAACACCGGCAGCUCCAGACCGUCACCAACGCCUUCAUCAUGUCCCUGUCGCUGUCCGACUUCCUCACCGCCGUCCUCUGCCUGCCCUUCUCCUUCGUCAUGCUCUUCAGCAAGGACGGCGUCUGGAUGUUCGGGGACUGUUUCUGCGUGGUCAACGGGGUUUUCAACACCUGCUUUGGGAUCGCGUCCGCCCUGACCAUGACCCUGAUCUCCUUCGACAGGUACUACGCCAUAGUCCGACAGCCGCAGGCUAAGAUCGGGCGACGGAAGGCCGUUCGUUUGUUGACGGCGGUGUGGUUGACGGCGGUGGUUUGCUCCCUUCCGUGGUAUCUGGUCACGCAAAGGCCGAAGGAAAUCCACAAGCAGGGUUUCUACCACUGCAUGUACGUGUUCCACUCUGGAACCUCACACAUGGGCAAAGUGUACAGCGUCUCUCUUAUAAUCCUGUGUUUCAUCCUGCCCUUCUCUCUUAUGUGUUUCUGCCAUUACAACAUCGGUAAGACCGUCCGCCUCUCGGAAAUACGAGUCCGGCCGGUGACCACGUACGCUUACUUGCUGCGCUUCUACAGCGAGAUGCGCACGGCUACCACCGUUCUCAUCAUGAUCGUUUUCAUCAUCUUUUGUUGGGGGCCGUAUUGUCUACUGGGGCUGAUCACGGCCCUAGGAGACUACACCUUCAGCCCGGCGGUCGACACCUUGGCCGUCUGGCUGGCGUGGGCGAACGGAGCCGUCAACCCUCUGAUCUACGCCUUGAGGAACCCCAACAUCUCCAUGCUGCUGGGGCGCAACAGAGAGGAGGGCUAUCGGACCAGGAACAUCGCGCCGUACUUGUCCGGACACGCCCGGAACCGAGGGAUGGGUCUGAACCGAGUGGAGAAGAUACGGGAUCGCCACGUGACCCGGGCGGGGACGCGCGGUAGCGGCAGACUGUCCAGUUCCAGUCCAAGCAAGGGAGUCGGGGGGGAGGUUGCGAUGUGGGCCUGUAAGAAUCCUGCGGUGUUCUUCUGCAGGGACGCCCAGCCAGACUGCACAACACUGCCCAACUUGGUCAGCACACCAACCAUGAAGACAGCCGACACCAGUCUGUGAUCAAACAAAAGACGACGUUGUUUUUGUUUUUUUAAUUAAGAUGUUGUUCUUACUACUCGUGUGCUUUUUAGUUCUGUAUUUACUAUAAAGCCUUGCC